CUCUUAACCUCCAACAUCUGAAAUCACCAAUUACCUACAAAACCUUACUCACCAAUUCCCUCACCCUCUUUUCUCUCUCCACUACUCUCCCACCACAAUGGCCUUCCACCUCUUCUCCCCACCAUCAACCCUCCUCCGCCUCGGCCUGGGCCUUGGCAUCGGUCUCUCCGCCGCAACCCUCCACCCACUCUCCCCCUUCCGCGCCGCCCCAAUGCGAUGCGAAUACAGCGCGCCCUAUUCUCGCACAGGGGGCCAAGCCAGCGCAGAAACCGGCUGGGCCGUUAACCCCAAUGAUCCCAGUUUACAGAAACAGGCUAAGAAUGCCUUUUUGACGCCGGAGAAUAUGCGCCAGAUUAGUUUGGGGAGUGUGUUGGGGUUGGUGGCUGGUGUGGGGUUGAGGGCGUUUUCGAAGGUUUUGGUUGUUGUUUUGGGGAUGGGGGUUGUUCUUGUUGAGUGGGCUGCGUCCAAGGGUUAUAAUAUCCUUCCGCUGAAUCGGUUGCAAAAAUAUGUCAAGAAUGCUGAUCUGCGUCGGAUGGUUUCUGAGAACCGGCCGUUUAAGAUUAGUUUUGGUGCGAUGAUGGCUAUGGCUGCCUUUGCGCAGUUUUAAAGGCGAAGCCAUCCCCAGAGUUCACUUGAGAGGAAUAGACGGAGGAAUGCAUUUUGUACAUAAAAAGUUCCCCUGUGCUCUCUGAGUGUACGACUAUCGGGUUACAAAUCUAGACUAUGUCUCAUAGCAUAGUGUAUGCGUGGCAUACAUACACCGACUACCAAGGCAAAAGGAUC